GUAGUGGGGAGAGGGGGCUGGUGGGAGACUAUGGCGAGGGCUGGGGCCCAACUGUGGCUCAGACUGAGAUGGUCACUGCAAUGAUGACAGUCACAGCAAUGAUGACAUUUGGCCAAGGAUUCUUACGUAUCAGGCACCUUUCUAUGACUUUAUGUGGAUUGCUUCACUUCAUGCUCACGAGAACCCUGUGAAUGUGCGUGCUUUUAUUAUACUGAGGAUACAGCCUCAGAAAGAGACAGUAACAAGUCCAAGGCCUCACAGCCAGCGAGUCCUAGGACCAAGACUGGGGCGAGCGGGUGGGGAAGGAAGUGCAGGCAGACAGUCAGACUUACUGAGAAGAGAUAAAGAGGGGAGGGCCCUGGCAAAGUCGGAAAGGAAGCCUGGAUGGGUGCCUGAGGAGGGGAGGUGGACACAGGCACACCGGGCACCCGUCCCAGCUGACCCCACGGCCCCCUCCUGCCCUCAGGGUCACUUCAGGAACCGAAUUGCAAAUGGGAGUAGGAGGAACAGAUCCAACAAGGUUCUUUGAUUCCUGGUGACCCUCACUAAGCCCAGAGCCUACUCCCCUCAGUAGUCUUCACUGCUAAGGAAGAUUCUCCCUAGCAGUAGGAUCCAGGAGUCACUUGGGGCAGAUUCUCCAUUGUUCUUUGGGGUUUCAUUGGUCAAGGAGAACACUAUUGGAACAAAGUCCAUGGAUACUUGCCUACUAGCCUCUCCACAGUGCUGGCAGGAGCCAGGCCAGGGCAGUGGCUGCUGCAGCCACAAAUCGUGGUGGGGCCACCAUUCUUGCCAUGGCAUUGUUGCACAGAUCUCCGACGCAGCGGUCCCUGUGGGUUGUGUAAGUCACGUCUCCCACCAACUCGGUUUCCACUUGAUUGCAAUGAUGGGCUGCCAUGCAGGCUGGAUAGUGAUGAAUCAAGGUUAUCGAGGCUAAGAGAGAAAACAAGACUGGGGUGUUGGAUUCUUGGCUGGAGGACUUGCCUUCUAGGACAGAGCAGAUGUACUUCAAGGAGCCCACAUGGAUUCUCUGCACCCCCCAGAAAACCACCUCCAUGAAACCAAGUGACCAAGAUUAACUUAAAAAAUGUGAGCCACUGAGUGAAAUGCUCCAGCUCUCGAUCUCGGGUGCAGAUCCCAUUCUUCCAGACGCCUGAGUCCUGGGGCCAGCCAUGGGCACCGCCAGCAUCUUCCUGGGCCUCCUCUUCCUCUGUGGGGCGCUGGGUCUCACCACACCCCCGCCCCCUACCCGGGGUGGGCUCCGCUGUUACACCUGCAGCUUUGCCAAACCCUGCUUCCCUGUUCCCACCGAGUGUCAGGAAGAUGAAGCUUGUGGCAUCAGUAUUGGCACCUCAGAGCAGAAUGAGAUCAUCGAACGGAAAGGCUGCCUCCCAAGGGCCCAGUGCCCUCUGCAAGGCCACGCUACCUACUGGUCACGCUCCUACACUCUGCGACACCACUGCUGUGAGCAGGACCUGUGCAACACAGCCACCACGCUGCAGCGGCUCCCCAAAACCCUCCUCACUACCCUGCUCCUCCUCCUCGCCACCAGCUUCACCUGGGGAGGCCGCCUCCUCCACUAGCUUCAAGCCUAACUGCAGCCUUCAACGGAGAACUCUGGCCCCAUCAUCACCACCCAUGGAGACACUUGCAUUUGAGAACCAAGAAUCUGAUUCUGUAGAGACCUCAGAUCCCUGGCCUAACACCUUCCCAGACACCCUCCGGAGGCCUGGUUCCUGCGGGCAUUGCUCUAAGCCCCUGUAAGCACCUGCCCAGAGUUCUGCCUCAUAAAGAACAGCUGUUCUAGGUCUUUUAUCUUUUCUAGAUGCCCACUGCUGAUGCCCUAUCUCAGCUCCAGGUCUUGGGCAAGGCGGGUGUGUUGAUGGAGCUGGGGUUUCAGGCAAGGGGAUUGAUGGGGCACCAGAUAUGGUAUGGAGGACAGUCUUACUAGGAAAGAUUGAUUUGGCAGAUCAGGAACUUGGGAAGGAGGUUCUUGGGGGAACUGUGAACAAUAAACUAUGAACAGUAAAAAGGUGA